CAUUUAGUUAAAGCAUUGAAAUCUUUAUAAUCUUUAUUUAUGACAUAAUUUUAAACUUAAGUACCCAAUUAGACAUGUGCUUUGGUUUCCGAACCCUUGUAGGGUUUGUAGUGGAUCAGCUGUCUGAGCCGCUAUAAACGCUAUAAAUGUGUUCAGACAGGUGUCUGAAUCCGGCAUAGUGUUUGUAAUUACGCGACCCGGGCGAGUCAAUUAAAAUUACGUCAGUGAUGGUGGAGACGAUAAAGAGAGCCUUCCUAUUCUUUAGCCAGUCAAAGCUUGACCUUUGCAUUAGGUUUAGAAUUCAAGUGUGGAAGGGAGUUGAUAUAGUGAAUGAGUGAUAAGUAGAGUCAGUGCUGGCUGAGCAGGAGGCCGUAUCCAUUUCAGCUUCUGGAUAGUUCUAGUCUUUGACGCCAGGUUUUUGCAAAUAAUGUGGUUAGCAAUUGCACUGUCACUUCUGGCAGGGUGGCUUUUUUAUAAAUAUUAUGUUUCUAUUUACGACAUCUUCAGGAAGAGGGGCAUUCCUUAUUACCCCUCUACAUUCCCAUUUGGUAGCUCUUAUGAAAUCCUGACCCACUCCAGAUUUCCAGGAUACAUCCAAGAAGAGAUGUACAAAAAAUUAGCUCCUAAUCCAAUGUUCGGAUUUUUUGUUAUGAGAGUACCAAUGUUGCAAAUUAGAGAUCCAGAACUCAUUCGACUUGUACUUACAAAGGAAUUUUCACAUUUUCGAGAAAGAAUGUUCAUGAAAUUAAGUGAAAAAGAUGUACUUAGUCAACACCUAUUCAAUCUGGAUGGUGAAAGGUGGAGAGCCUUACGUGUGAAACUCACCCCGACAUUUACAAGUGGGAAAAUGAAAGCCAUGUUCCCACUCUUUGUCAAUUGUGCUGAGGCCUUUGAUUCUUUGAUCUUAUCAAAAAUUGGUAGUGAAGUAGAUAUCAAAGAUUUAGUAGGUCGACUUAUGACAGAUAUUAUUUGCAGCUGUGCUUUUGGACUUGAUAUCAAUACAAUCAAAGAGCCAAAUCACAAGCUAAGACAAAUUGGAGCCCAACUUUUUAAAAUGAAGUUUAUCCAUAAAGUCUUAAUAGCAGUUAUACAAGCUAUGCCAAAAGUUGCCAGCAAAAUUGAAGCCAGGUUCACUCCUAAAGAAACAGAAGAUUAUGUUGUAAAACUUGUGCAAGACACAAUAGAGUAUAGAGAAAAAAAUAAUAUUAAAAGAAAUGAUUUCCUAGAUUUAUUAAUUCAGCUGAAGAAUAAAGGGACUGUAGGAGAUGAUUUGAAAGAUGAAAUAGAAGAUCAAAAGUGUCAGCCAUUUGAAUUGACUAUUGGUUUGAUGGCUGCACAAUGCUUUGUAUUCUUGGUUGCCGGCUUUGAAACUUCAAGCUCCGUACAGAGUUUUUGCCUCUAUGAAUUAGCUAUCAAUCAAGAUAUUCAGACAAGAGUAAAGAAAGAAAUUGAUGAAACAAUCGAAAGACACGGAGGACUUACAUACCAAGCUGUAUAUGAAAUGGAGUACUUAGAUAUGGUCAUUUCAGAAACUAUGAGAAAGUAUCCUACCUUGCCAUUCUUAAUGAGGUGUUGCUCAAAAUCAAUUACAACUCCAAAUGGUUAUAAAAUAGAGGCAGGUGAGACUGUUUUAAUUCCUGUUUGGUCUUUACACCACGAUCCUGAACAUUACCCAAAUCCUGAGAAGUUCGAUCCGGAACGAUUUUCGGCAGAAAAUAAAGAAUCGAUAAAACCAUACACUUAUCUGCCUUUUGGAGAAGGGCCCAGGAUGUGUAUAGGCAUGAGAUUUGGACAACUUCAAACUAAAGUAGGUCUUAUCGCUCUACUUAGGAAGUGUAGGGUGGAACCUUGUGCUGCAACUAAGAUACCUUUAGUGCUUGGUCCUUCUCCGAUGAUAACAGUUCCAAAGGAGACAAUAAUUGUGAAAUUGGUACCUCAAUCUUGAGCUUGAACAUGACUCAAUUCAACGAACUCAAUUUCAUUGAGUUUUGUACAUAUUAUAAAUUCGAAUAAUGUAUCAGUAGAGAUAUAUCAAAAUAAAAAUGGGAUGUUAUGUUCAUUAAUAUUUCUAUAGAGAAUGAGUUAUAAGAAUUAUUAGACUACUACACAUGAAUGUAUUAUAUCUAUUUUUUGUUAUUAAAAUAAAUAAACCAUUGACCAAAAUAACAACUUUUUAUUACAACAAGUAA